AACAGCAUUUUUAUUUUUGCUUCUCUGGAGCUUCAAAGGGGCGUUUUAACGACAGACUGGCCUAGAUACACACAAGUCCCCUGGGCCACGAGCAAGAUUCUGAAAGCACAGACUAGGAAAUCUCAGGAGGGCUCAAACACUCACAACAGCUGCAGGCAUGUGGUCGUGCUGGGGGCUUCUAAUCUGCUUCCUGGCGGUACCGGCAUCGGCCUCUAGGGAACGGGAGUGGGCUCACCAUGGGGCUUCCAUGUUUGCCGACCUCACCCCACGCGAGAUGCGAGCCGUCAGGGACUUCCUGCACACCCAGAAGGAGCUGGGGCUCACACUGGCCAAAGGAAAAGACCUACGCAAGAACAGCAUCCUGUUGAUGGAGCUUCAAGUGCCACGCAAACACGAGGCUCUCCGAGCACUGGACCGAGGCCAGGCCAAGCCUACGAGGCAGGCGCGAGUGGUGGUGCAGUUUGGUAACCAGGCCGAGCCCAACAUUACAGAGUACAUCGUCAGCCCCCUGCCCUAUCCCAGGUCCUACGAGGUCAAGACCUUCAAAGGUAGUCGACCGAUCCGCUUCGAGUCCCGGCCCAUCACGACAGUGGAGUACGGACACCUCAUAAAGGUGCUGGCGGAGAUGGCGGAGAAGGCCCGCAGGCUUUUGCACGAGAGCACAGGGUUCACUUUUAGCGACUGCGGUGACCGGUGUUUGACCUUCUCGGACAUCGCUCCUCGAGGCCUGGCCCCUGGGGAGAGGCGGUCGUGGAUCAUGCUGCAGAAGUUUGUGGAAGGCUACUUCAUCCACCCGGUGGGCUUCGAAGUCCUUAUAAACCACCGAGAUCUGGACCCUGAGAAGUGGGCCGUGGAGAAGGUGUGGUACAAUGGGCAGUACUUUGACAGUGUCGAGGAGCUGAUGGAGAAAUACGACCAGGGCACGCUGAUAAAGCACAAGCUGCCCGAGCACGACCCGUCGGACCUGUACUCCACAUUUAUCCCGCGGGGCCACUCCAACACACCCACCGACAUCCACGGACCCAAGCUGGUGGAGCCGCAGGGGCCACGUUACCACGUGGACGGAAACUUCGUGGAGUACGCGGGCUGGUCGUUCGCUUUCCGCGUGCGCUCCUCCGCAGGCCUCCAGAUCUUCGACCUGCGCUUCAACGGUGAGAGAGUGGCCUAUGAGGUCAGCCUUCAGGAGGCCCUCGCCUUCUACUCGGGCGACACGCCCGCGGCCAUGCAGACCAAGUACAUCGACGCCGGCUGGGCCAUGGGCACGUCCGACUUUGAGCUCGCCCCCGGCAUAGACUGCCCUGAGUUUGCCACCUUCAAGGACAUGUACCACUACUACGACACGGACAAGCCGGUGCGGUACCGCAACGCUCUCUGCAUCUUCGAGAUGACCACAGCUAUGCCCCUGAGACGCCACUUCAACAGCAACUUCAAAGGAGGGUACAAUUUCUUCGCUGGCCUCGAGAACCACGUCUUAGUGCUGAGGACUACCUCAACUGUUUACAACUACGACUACAUCUGGGACUUCCACUUCUACCAGAACGGCGUAAUGGAAUCAAGAGUGAGUGCCACUGGGUACAUACACGCCACUUUCUUCACACCCAACGGGCUGAAUUACGGCACCAAGGUCUACAGCUACGUCCUUGGCAACCUGCACACCCACCUAAUCCACUACAAAGUAGACCUGGAUGUCGCUGGGCGGGAGAACAGCUUUGAAUCUAUGGAGCUGAAGUUUGUGAAUGUGUCGAACCCCUGGAGUCCAGGACACACCAUACAGCAGUCCAUCCUCGACAAGAAGCAGCACGAGACAGAGCGGAGUGCAGCGUUCCGCUUCGGAAAGAAGUUCCCCCGCUACCUGCACUUCUACAACCCAAACCAGGAGAACCGGUGGGGACACAAGAAGGGCUACCGAAUCCAGUUCAACUCCCACGCCCAGAGCGUGUUGCCCAAGGGCUGGAAGGAGGAGAAAGGCAUCUCCUGGGCAAGGUAUCCUUUGGCAGUAACACGACACAAGGACAGUGAAGCCACCAGUAGUAGUAUAUACACCCAGAAUGAUCCAUGGGAGCCUGUCGUGUCCUUCGAGGACUACAUCCGCAAUAAUGAAAAUAUCACCGAUCAAGACCUGGUUGCCUGGGUGACCGUAGGUUUCCUGCAUGUCCCUCAUUCAGAGGACAUUCCGAACACGGCGACGCCUGGCAACAAUGUUGGCUUCUUCCUGCGACCCUUCAACUUCUUUGACGAGGACCCGUCGCUUGCGUCUCGCAGCACGAUAAUCGUCCGGCCCGGAAAAGAGGGCGAGACCAAGAUUCAGAGGUGGACCCCAGAGGUGAUCGGACACUGCGUGACUGAUAAGGCAUUCAGCUACAACGGCACUUAUGGUGGGGUCUGAGCUCAAACACUAGACAGGGGGAAGGUGCUUGUGAUUCUUGUAAAUAUGUGCGUUGAACAUUUCUACACAACAUUUGUAAAAUGCUCACUUCCACAUGUAAACAUACAUACAUUCAUACACACACACACACACACAUACACACACACUGUAUGUGUCAUGACUUGACACCCCUUGGACAAAGUUUCACGAGAUUCCAUGCUGGCAUGACAUUGAAUUAAGAACAACAAAUAAAUCAAAUGAGCUCCGCUUGGUCA